AUGAUUAGCUCCUUUCUUAUUGGAUUGGAGAAGAUGGCUCGCUCACUUCCUUUGAUAAAGAUAGGAAAAGUGGUGCUUGUCUUGAAGCUAACCCUUAGAUCCGGGAAGAGGGAACUGGCAGUAAGGCCCGCAAGAACUCACCCUCGUGUGAAAGAUAGCAAGAUGUGGUUGAUGGAAGUAGGAAGAGCCUACGAGUUCAUUUGUAACAAUAUGAAAGAAGAACCUUGCGUGCCCGAUCAUGAUAUAGGUACAGCUUCCAGCCAGAAAGGUGAUUGUGCUAGAAAGAUGGCAGUGAAGAUCAUGGAUAAAGAGCUAGUCAAGCAGCAUCCUGAUGAUAUCCACGUACCAACUACUGGCACUGCUAGUGCUUUUAUAGAUGUAGGAGCAGCGGAAAGGGCUGCUUUAGAAGCUUCAAUAGUUCCCUCAUCAACGGAUGGUUUAGCCGCCAGGACGAAGCGGUAUGAGAUAAGAGGUCUCAACGAGCCUUCAGCAUCUGAAACGGGAGCUUUAACCUGCAUAUCAUACGGGAGUCUUAGUGGAGAGCGUUCUCUGGCAAGCUUUAACUUCCCUUCGGGGAAAGGGAAAGACCUUGAAAACUCUUUCCGUAUAGGCCAGAAAACAGCUUGCUUAGAGAAAGACUGACUCUCCUACGGACCUGGUGGACCUUACACAGUCGAGUUAUUGCAUCCCUCUCACAAACUAUCAAUUUCAUAAGAGAAGAAAGAUCGUUUUUAGAAAAGAAAGAACGUUUUGAUUCGAGGCGGAUCCCUUUUUUCUUUGCCUUUACGAGUUGAAAAGAAAGUGGUAACAGGUAGUAGCUCUGGUAGAGUGCAGGACUGUAAAUCCUUCUGUGAGCGGUUCGAAUCCGCAAUCACUUAUAGUUAGUUUCAU